AUGAGUACCCUGUCUCAACUUCCAGAAGCUAUACCUCUGCCUCGCGCACCGCCUUUUGAAUCACCCUGGGUGGACACCGCGACUGAUAUGACGAGGCUGGCUCCCGAAUAUGGCACAAGGUUGUUGCCCACUCUCAUCGAUGAUAUUGCUACGACUACUCCAAAUCGUGUCUAUGCUUCCAUACCACGAGACGACGCAGACAUGUCCAAAGGGUUCAGAGACAUCACAUACGCCGACUUUGCACGAGCAAUAGAUGCACUAUCCUGGUGGCUGGACGAAACUCUCGGCAAAGCUGAUGGCACAUUUCCUACAUUCGCAUAUUUCGGAUCCAGAGAUCUUGGAUACGCUGUUGUAGUAGUGGCAGCUGCAAAAGUAGGCAGAAAAGUGCUACUGGCUUCUCAUCUCGCAUCACCAGAUGCUCACCUUUUCCUUCUUGACUCGCUGUUAUGCACUGCCGUGAUAUAUGCUUCUGAGAUGGCCGCGCUGGCACAAUCUUUGCAAGCAAAAUUCCCAGGUGCCAAAUAUAUCAGUACUACGUCUUUAGGCGAGUUUCUGACCGAGCCGAGUCUUUCGGCCAAUUGCGAACGAUACGCCUAUUCGAAACCAUACUCUAAAGCCCUUUCAGACCCUGUGAUGGUGGUACAUACGUCUGGAACGACAGGACUGCCCAAGCCCGUGAUUUGGACCAACGAUAUGCUGUGUUCGGUUGACAGAUUACAUACUCUGCCAGGCAGUGUGGUGACACAGAUGGCAGGACAGAGCAUCUAUUGCGCAUUACCUGUGUUCCACACUUCUGGCAUGACGGCCAGUCUUCUCACACCCGUUUUCCUCAGCACAAUCAUCAUCUUGGGACCUGCCGGUGUUCGACCUGACAAGCAAACUGUGCUCGAUGUGUUGCGCAAUGCACCCGUCAGCGCAGCAUCUUUUCCUCCAAGCCUCUUGGAAGAACUCAUCGCAGACCCCGUGUGCCGCAAAGCUCUCAAACAACUCAAGAAGAUCGUGUAUGGUGGAGCUCCGGUAUCCGCAUGGGCCAACCGCAUCAUAGCCUCCGAGUUCAACGGCACCGUGUCAUCAGCACUCGGUAGCACGGAAGGAGGACUCUGGCUCACAGGCUCGUCACCCGACCCAGCAGACCAAGGCUACUUCCUGAUCCAUCCAUUCAUGGCACCAUAUUUCCGGCACACAGAGGCAGAUCUCUACGAACUUGUCAUAAAGCGUACACCGCAGUCAGAGGCCUAUACGAACUUCUUCCGCUGCAUCGACAGUACGCCACCACAUCUGGCAGCACAUUUUAGCUUCGAUAAGAAAGAGUCUAUAGAUGAAUUCAGGACGAAAGACCUGUUUUCACCGCACCCAAGCAAGCCAGGACUUUGGAAGUACAGAUGUCGAAAGGAUGAUCUGGUACUUCUGAGUGGCGAGGUCAAGAUGUAUGCUGGUGCUAUCGAGGAGGCCAUCUCAGCACAUCCAGAAAUUGGCGCUGUCCUAGUAGGCGGCCAAUAUCGAAGCAGACCAUUCCUACUGGUCGAAGCUGCCACGCCGAUCACUACCAAUGAGCAGAAAGCAGAGUUUGUGGAUAAUAUCUGGCCGGCAGUGGAAGCCGAGAAUGAGAAACAUCAUGCAUCUGUAAGAUUGCAGAAGGAGCUGGUGGUCAUUGUGGGUUCCGAGAAAAAGAUGACACGAACGCCAAAAGGGACUGUAGAUCGCAAAGCGACAUUGUCAGCGUUUGAGAGCGAGAUUGACGAGUUGUACACAUCUUGGUCAAAGUUGUAG